CCUUGCACUGCUCCCUGGUACCUGUUCUGGACUUGUCUUGACUUUGACCUUUCAGAAUUCAUUCAUGAGGCCACUCUCAAUAGGGAACAAGCUAAAUGUAUUAUCAAGCUUUCAAAACAUCUUUGCACUGAGGACUGCACUUUGAAUAGUUAUAAUGAUCUUGAGAGCUCUUGGCAGGCUGCUUCCCACUGCAUGAUGGCAUUUCAGAAGAGUGUAAUAAGCAUGCCAUUUGCAGGUGAGACAAUGGAGUUUGAUGUGUAUUACUGUUCACCAUGGGAUUGGGCCUGCAAUCUCUUGAAGGAUUCCAAUGUGGGACCAUACUUUGUAUUUGAUGCCAAGCAUCUAGCUAAGUUUGAUGGCUCUUCAUUUGUUUGUUUCAUCAAUGAGCCAUGGACAGCUAAUGAUUUUUGGACUGUACAAGUUUGUCAUGAGUCUCUAGCAUAUACCCUCAAUGAAAUUGUUUUUCAGAGUGGUCUACCUUUGGAUGGCACAGUUCUGGCAUUCAUUCUGUAUGCUGAUAAAUCCAAGCUAUCAUCAUUUGGUUGA